AUGGACGGGACAGAAGUGAAACAAGAUUUGAUGAGCAGCUACCCAGGGUCUGACAUUGACACCACAGGAUUGCCUAUGGAUGACAGAACAUCGGGUCAUCUUUGUAGGAUUCCUGAACCCAGUCCCUCCUUUCUAGCUGCACUAAGUUCUUUGGGUGAACAUGAUGAUCACAUGCUUCUGCCCAACUCCUUACACCAGAUAUCAGAAGCGUAUUUCCUGGAGGAGGACUACCAGUGGGCACUUCUGUUCUUGAGCUUGGAGAGGCUGUACCAUGAGAAACUGCUCUUUAACCUGGCCUCCAUGCAGGAAGAGUGCGAAUCUCAGUGGAAGGCUGGCUCUCAAACUAAAAGCAGUUCUGCUGUGAAGAGCUGCUGCAGUGAGACUGAGAGCAAGUACAUGGACUCUCUCAGUCACAUCUGUAGAACACACCAGAGGCCCCAUCGCUUUAGGCAAAAGGAUGUGGAUGACCAUAAGCUGGAAAAACAAAAUAUGAAGGAUGGAAUAGUGGAUCAGGCAGUGUAUGGAGGAAUCCCACUUAAAGAAAAUGAGAGUUUUAAUAUAAACACUUGCCUGAAAAAGAAGAACAGUGGAAAAGAGGGAGUAGAUGAGGUUUUGGAAAAUGAGGAUUUGGUGGAAAUGCAUCAAGAGGAGGUGGAGGAGAACUGUGGGGAAGAACUGACUAAGCUCAUUGAAGUAGAAGAGACGUUUCCCUCCAAUGGUCUUGUCUCCAUCUUGAAGAAGAGGGCUUGUGUAGAGAAAAACAAUCCUGCUGAUCACUCUCCACCCAAAAGCUCCAAACCUAAGGUUCGCUUCAGUGAAACAGCUGAUACAGUUGACAAUGAUGAAGUCGGUGGGGACUCUUGUCUUGUAUUUUUCUUCCUGUGCCUGGUAACUGUGGUCAUCAGUAUGGGAGGUACCAUGCUCUACUGCUUUCUUGGUGGAGCUUAUUCAUCUGUCUGCACUGAUUUCUCAAACAACAUGGACUUUUACUUUGGACCUGUACGACGGGGAGUGGACACUCUAACACACUGGUUUACUCCUGCAUCAUCAUAGUCCUGUCAUAUUAUCCUUAAUGGAAUUAGUGUCAAACAGCAAAAACUUGAAGGUGCAUGGGGUAGCACUAGAAGUACUAGCUGCAUGACAGGAAUACAGAGCACAAGUCCAUUACAGAGCAACACUCAAUAAAUUACACCUCACUAAUUAGAACAGCUAGUCCACUUUUGUCUGCAUGUUUU